CAUCAUUCGACAACGAAGCUUCAAGAUGGAAUCGAGUAAUUUCUCGAAGGUGCCAGUAGCUUGUACAAUCAGAGUCAAAAAAGAACCUCGUGAUGAGUCGUUUGAUGAGAAUUAUGGCGAAACAAUUGACCAAACGCACGACGUUAAAAAUGUUCGAUUCUGCAGAGAAUACUCGACGCUUCAAGAAAGUAAAGAAAAUUACAAAAAUGAACUCGACAAAAUGCGAAUCGAAUUCGAAUGUGUAGACGUUAAGCUCGAUUUAUCGGCAGUUGCGAAAAUUGAAGAUUACUCUCCACGUCAAUGGCAGGAUAUGAAGUACAGCGACGAUUACAAAACUGAAAGUACAGUCAAAUUAGAAACAGUUGGGAUAGUGAAGAAAGAAUUUUCAGGCGAAGAGGCAACGAAAUUUAAUCUUGAUCGUGGACUCAGCGAGCAGGAUGGAAAAAGAAGCGCUACAAAACAGUUGAGCUUUGAAGGUAGACUCAAAAUACGCGACGACUCGGCGCAUAAUGGCACGGCAGCUGCACGCGAAAAGACGUCUGAACGAAAGAAAAAUCCCAAGGUCCACAGUGACUCGGUCCACGGUGGUAUCACUCACGCAUGUCGUACGUGUGGAAAGACAUUUACACGAAAAAUUUACCUCAAAAAUCAUAUUGAAGGGUUGCACAAUGGUAUCGGUUAUGCAUAUGGUAUAUGCGGAAAAAAGGUCGUAAAUAAGGGUAAUUUAAAAAAACACAUCGAAUCGAUGCAUAAUGGUGUCAGUCACGAAUGUAAUAUUUGCAGAAAUGUUUUUAAACAAAGACAUGAUCUGAAUAGACAUAUCGAGUUGGUUCAUAAUGGCAUUUCACAUGCGUGUGAUAUUUGCGAAAAGACAUUCACACGGAAGGGUCAUCUCAAAAUCCAUAUCGAUUCGGUGCAUUAUAAAAUCAAGCAUGCAUGUGGUAUAUGCCAAAAGAUAUACUCAGAAAAGAGUACUAUGAAAAAACAUAUCGAUUCGGUGCAUAAUGGCAUUUCACAUCCAUGUGAUAUAUGCCCAAAGACAUUCUCAGACAAGAGUAAUCUUAAAAAACACAUCGAUUCGAUGCAUUAUGGGGUCAAACAUGCGUGUGGUAUAUGCCAAAAGACAUUCCCACACAAAGUUAGUAUCAAAAAACACAUCGAUUCGGUGCAUAAUGGAGUUUUACAUGCAUGUGAUGUUUGUGGAAAGACAUUCACUCAAAAAGGUAAUCUCAAAACUCACAUCAAGUCGGUACAUCAUAAAAUCACGCAUCCAUGCGAUAAAUGCCAAAAGACAUUUUCAGACAAGCGUACUCUCAAGAAUCACAUCGAUGCGGUGCAUAAUGGUGUCAGACACGAAUGCGAUUUUUGCGGAAAUAAAUUCAUAACGAAAAGUUAUCUUAAAGUUCACAUCGAGUCGGUGCAUAAUGGUGUCAGACACGAAUGCGAGAUUUGUAGCAAGAAAUUUACAAGCAAGAAAAAUAUAACAAGGCACAAGGAUGAAAUGCACAAUGGUACCACCCAUGUAUGUGAGACAUGCGGUAAGAUAUUCGGACGAAAAAGGAGUCUCGAAGCCCACACCGUUAUGGCACAUCCCUCGCCCAUUGCGAACUGAUAACUUUAGAAAAUUCAUGUGUCAAUUGUGACUCGACGAUGUAGUGCGUUUAGUUUCACUGACGAUUGAUUUACAAUUUUUUUUGUUAAUUACGAUAAUUCAAAUUCUUCCUAUAUUUUGUAUCAUAUCAAUGUGUAAAAACGUCAACAUUUUUUGUAUUAUAAAAUUGAUUGCAAUCCGAAAUCACAUUGUGAAAUUCGCUGCUAAUCAUAGCUCGCUCUUUAAACUUUAUAAUUUUGACUCCUAGCUAAUACAUGCUUCGAAAUUCAAUAAAAUAAUCGUUGCUUUACAACGACUAUCUCCGAUAUUGUAA